GCGCGGAUAUUGCACCGUCUGGCUGUAAGAGAGUAUAGCGAAUUGUGUUUGAGGACAGUGGGAAAAAUUCGCGUUCCAUUGACAGAUCUACGAGAAUAACGUUUAAAAGGUCUAUCAAACGAACGAACUAACGAUCGAAAUAAAAGAAAAAAAAAAAAAGAAAGAAAAAGAGAAAGAAAGGAAUUAGAAACAUUCGAAAUUAAUUUAUCCACGAUACCACACCACGUGCUUCAUUCGUGAAGAAUUUCAUUAGCGUUCAUUGCUCUUCUUUGUCCUCCUUCCUCCGUCUUUAUAUCAUUCAUUUUGUCUAAUAUUUUUUUUGUUAAAACGAACAGUCCGAUAAGACGGACAAAAGAGAAAGAAAGACAGACAGACAGACAGACAACACACGAGUCAAAAAUUGUCAUUUAUCUUUGUAGUAAUUAAAAUAGAUAGAGAAAACAAGCGUGUUAUUUAAAAUAAAAAUUCAUUGUUUGAUUUGUUCUCUUUCUCUCUUUCUUUGAUUAGUGCAAUAACAGAAACGUGUGUGCGCGCGCGCGUCUUCGCGAUCUUACAAUUAUUAAUAGUUAGUAGUUCGACGUAAGCGCAAGUGUGUAUUGUGUCACGCGUAAAGUGUCUAUUGCUGUUGCAUACGACGUUUAAUAAAAAUCAUGAUGAAGGAAAAACAUAUCAAGACUUUUAAAGAAGAUCUUUGAUUCUGAGUGUUGUCUGUUGGUGGUCAGGUCCGUGCUUAUUGUUCCUGCUUUUUGAUUCUGCUCGUGUUGUCCAGGACGUUUACCUCAGAUCGCCUUGACAUUGAGCUUGGAAUCUUGCCUGACGUUUCUGCUUUAACUUUUUGAACCACGCAACGCCCCCUUUUCAUCGCUUCGACACAACGUUCAAGAGAAGUCUCACGCUAUAUUUCAAAUACCUUCAAAAAAAAAAAAAAGAGAAGAUUGGUCAUCUUUUACAUCUUUUAUUCCUUCCUUUGUGUCAUCGAACAAAGUUUAUCAUUGAACUACUAGUGUAUAAAUACGGGGGCUGAGAGGGUGAGGAACAAUGGGUGCUGCGUUAAAAAAAGAGACAAGAAGAAAUGUAGAAACAAGAUAAAAAAAAUAGGAUAAUAAAACGUUAAGGUCCAUCCGAAGAGAACCGAUCCCGUACUCUUCUCCGAUAAUUUGCUGUUCGCAUUGCCAAUAUCAUUGAACCCAAGCACUCUGGAAUGUUAACGAGAUGAUCAAAAUGCGGUGACGUUAUUGAAGAAAACAUUACCACAAAUAUACAUAUCAUCGAAGACAUAUUAAUUACAUUGAUCGAAAUAAUAUUAAGAUUUAAAAAGAAAAAUUAUCUAACCGUGAUUCGUUAAAUCGAUUGAUGCAUAUCAUAAAUCCAGAAGAAGAAGAAGAAGAAGAAGAAGAGGAAGAAGAAGAAGAAGAAGAAGAAGAAGAAAGUGAAAGUAUAUUAGAAAGAAUUCAAAUUCAAUUCAAUUUAGCCGAUUUUUUCCAAGAUCAGCUAUGAUAAAAAAAGUGUGAUCGAAUUAGUUUAUUGAUCAUAGUUUAAUUAACAAAAUAUCGACGAAUAGGAAAAGUAGUGUGGAAAAAACGAGAAGUUAGGUGUGUAAGAAUGUUGUUGAGGUAACACGCAUAGAAACUCUUUGAGAAUAGUAGCAGUGGAAGUUGAUCGAUAAAGGUGGGUGAAAGUUGAUCGUUGAAAAGGGGUAAAAAGGGGGAAAAAAUAAAAAGGGGAGAAAAGUAAAAGAGGAAAAUAUUAAAGGAAAGAAGGAAAGAAACGAACAAAAAGGAUGGGCUUUCCAAGAAGAAGAUCAUUGUGGUUGAAGGUUGGAGUAUUGGCAACCGCUGUUUGGAUCACCGUGUGUUUCCUUUUAUACACGGAGGAUCGUGCGGCUGCAGAAGCUGUACAGGGUUUGGCACCCUCUGGUGUCGCUGCACCACCACAAGUGGCCAAUGGUUUUGUGCCACCGGCUCUUCCUCUUAGAAAAGAGACCCAAGGAAACGUCCAAAGCAAAGCCAAACUUAAUCAGGCUGGUUUAGAACAAGGAGGAGGUGUUUUAGUCGCACCACGUGAUCCAGACAUCGCAGGACUCGGUGAGAUGGGUAGACCAAUCAUAUUACCGACUAAUCUAACAGCUGAGAUCAAAAAACUCGUGGACGAUGGGUGGAUAAAUAACGCAUUCAAUCAAUACGCCAGCGACCUUAUUUCCGUGCAUAGAACUUUACCUGAUCCUCGUGACCAAUGGUGUAAAGAACCUGGAAGAUACCUGAAUGAUCUUCCACCAACCGCUGUGAUAAUUUGUUUUCACAACGAAGCCUGGUCGGUUUUGUUAAGGACAGUACAUUCUGUAUUGGACAGAUCACCGGAUCAUCUUAUACAAGAAAUUAUUCUCGUUGAUGAUUAUUCAGAUAUGCCUCAUCUGAAACGACAACUGGAAGAUUACAUGAUGAAUUAUCCCAAGGUGAAAAUAAUUCGUGCCCAAAAACGUGAAGGUUUGAUAAGGGCUCGUUUACUUGGUGCAUCAGCUACCAAAGCACCGGUCCUAACGUAUUUGGACAGUCACUGUGAAUGUACCGUAGGAUGGUUGGAACCACUUUUGGAUAGAAUAGCGCGUGAUCCAACGACGGUAGUUUGUCCGGUGAUCGAUGUUAUCGAUGACACUACACUCGAGUACCAUUGGAGAGACUCAGGUGGUGUGAACGUCGGCGGCUUCGAUUGGAAUCUUCAGUUCAACUGGCACGCGGUACCGGAAAGGGAGAAGAAAAGACAUAAGAAUCCUGCGGAGCCAGUUUGGUCACCAACAAUGGCGGGUGGUUUGUUCUCGAUAGAUCGUGCUUUCUUCGAGAAACUUGGUACAUAUGAUAGCGGAUUCGAUAUCUGGGGCGGUGAGAAUCUCGAGUUGUCCUUCAAGACUUGGAUGUGUGGAGGUACUCUGGAAAUCGUGCCGUGUUCGCACGUGGGUCAUAUCUUCAGGAAGCGUUCCCCUUACAAGUGGCGUAGCGGCGUGAACGUGCUCAAGAGGAAUAGCAUAAGGUUGAGUGAAGUGUGGUUGGACGAGUACGCCAAGUACUACUACCAAAGGAUAGGUCACGACAAGGGUAACUUUGGGGACGUAUCGGAACGUAAAGCCCUGAGGAAAAAGCUCGGAUGCAAGUCGUUUAAAUGGUACCUCGACAACAUUUACCCGGAACUCUUUAUUCCCGGUGAAGCCGUUGCUUCUGGAGAGAUAAGACAACUCGCUAGCGGCAUAUGUAUAGACUCCCCAGGAAAACCGGAAGACCUUCACCAGCCCGUGGGUUUAUAUCCUUGUCACCGUCAGGGCGGCAAUCAGUAUUGGAUGUUGAGCAAGAUUGGUGAAAUUCGUAGAGACGAAUCCUGCCUGGAUUACAGUGGCCAGGAUGUUAUCCUUUAUCCUUGUCACGGUAGCAAAGGAAAUCAACAAUGGAUUUAUAAUCCCCAGACUAAACAAAUAAGGCACGGAAGUAGCGACAAAUGUUUAGCAAUCACCGAAAGUAAGCAACGAUUGCUGAUGGAAGAAUGUUCGUCGUCCGAAUCAAGACAAAGGUGGUCCUUCGAGAAUUACGAUCCCUCGAAGCUGUGAUAUCGAGC